GUUCCCUUUGGUGAAGUCAGGUCUGUUGUUGAUUGGCUGAAGAUCACCGGGGAAGAGGGUCAUCCUCCUAAUGAGCAUCUAAAGCGGCAGAUCAGAGGACUCGCUUGCACUCAGAGUGAAGUGAGUGGUGCUCGUUUCUGGGGUUUUUUCAAGAAACUUUGUGGAGAACCAGAAAAGUUCUUCAAACACUGCUUUGUGCACAACUUAUGCCCACUCAUUUUUAUGAGUGCCAGCGGGAAAAACCUAACACCUCCUGAACUGCCUGUGGGUGAUCGGGAGAAGCUCCUGGCCCUGUGUGACAUUACACUGUGCAAGGUAGUGGAGGCGCUGGGUGUUUCCAUGGUGAUUGGAGUUGGAAGGGUGGCUGAGCAGAGAGCCCGGCGAGCCUUGACUGCUGCAGGUGUCAGUGUGCGAGUAGAAAGCAUCAUGCAUCCAUCACCCAGAAACCCAAAGGCCAAUAAAGGCUGGGAAGGAGAAGCCAGAACCAGACUGACAGAACUUGGAGUCAUUUCACUGCUAAGCAUGAGCAACAAUAUGAUGAAAGCUCACAAGGAGAAUGA